CUCUUUAGUGUUUGCCCUGUCUUCCCAAUGUCCACCUCCUCGCCGCCCGCAUUUUGAUAUAAAAAUAACAUAGACUGACUCUUGAAACUGGCCACUAACAAAAGCAAACGACACUAAAGCAACGUGUCCUAUGGAGUAACUAAAAACUGAACAAAAGGAGCGACGAGGCAGAGACCAUCAGACCUCCUCAAUCAAACAGUUCCCCUCGCCAUUUCUGCAUUGCAAAAUUAACUCAACUUCAGCCUACCAUUGACUAAACAAGACCAACAAGGAUGUCCCAGCUCCAGUUUCAGUGUCCAGCUAGCCCCAUGCCUGCUGCUUCUGCCCCAAUGCAGCUAGGGCAGCCACAGCCCGGCUACAGCAUCCCUUGUGCCUCAGGCACGCUACCCUCGGAGAGCGCCAGCCAGCCCAUCAGGAACUCUGCUCUCCCUGCGGGCUCAGCUACUCCCUACAGUACCACCACAGUAUCUAACAUGGCAAACCCUAAAGAGAAGACCCCCAUGUGUUUGGUGAAUGAGUUAGCCCGUUUCAACAAGAUCCAACCUGAAUAUAAGCUACUUUGUGAGCAAGGGCCAGCUCACUCCAAGAUUUUCUCAGUGAGGCUAACACUGGGAGAUCAGCACUGGGAGGCAGAGGGGACCAGCAUCAAGAAAGCCCAGCAUUCCGCUGCUGCAUCUGCCCUCGAUGAGACAACACUCCCCAAGCCCACCAUGAGGACACCCCGCAACACAGGCAAGAACCCAGCAGAUGGCAUAACGCAUACCAUGGAGUUGAAUGCACUAUGUAUGAAACUUGGUAAGAAGCCUAUGUUUAAACCCAUCGACCCAUACCCGGGGAUGAGACCACCAAACUUCAACUACAAUGUGCGGGCUCCAGGGCCUUACCAGCGCUCUAUGCAACAGUACUACUACCCAUUUCCUCCAGUUGGACCAAUGAUAUACCACAUGGAACUAUCAAUUGGAGGCCAGCAGUUUAUUGGGAAGGGACGCACGCGGCAGUUAGCCAAACAUGAUGCUGCUGCCAAGGCCAUGAAAGUGCUGCAAAAGGAGCCAAUAUUGCAACAUUUGCCAGUGAUGAACGGAGAGCCUGAGGAAGAGAAUCUCAACAAAUCAGAAAUCAGUCAAGUGUUUGAAAUUGCACUUAAACGUAACUUACCAGUAAACUUUGAGGUUUUAAAGGAAGAAGGCCCCCCACACAUGAAGAGUUUUGUAGUGCGUGUUAUAGUUGGGGAGUUCACUGGAGAAGGCGAGGGAAAGAGUAAAAAGAUUGCCAAGAAGCUGGCAGCAGCAGCAGUACUGGGGGAGUUGAAGAGGCUACCCCAUAUACCCAGUGUGGAAAAGACGCUGCCUCGCAUCAAGAAGAAACCUAAAUCCAUCAUCAAGCUGCAGACGAGCCCAGAAUACGGUCAGGGUAUGAACCCUAUCAGCCGUCUGGCUCAGAUCCAACAGGCCAAGAAGGAGAAGGAGCCAGAGUACAGCAUGGUGACAGAGAGAGGUCUACCGCGGCGCCGGGAGUUCGUCAUGCAGGUGACAGUGUGCGGCCAGUCUGCAGAGGGUAUGGGACCUAGCAAAAAGGUGGCCAAGAGAAACGCAGCAGAGAAAAUGCUUGAGCUCUUGGGAUAUAAAGUGCCUCAGCCUCAACCCCCCAAACCGGCACUCAAAACUGAUGAGAAGACCCCAGUGAAAAAACCUGGUGAUGGGCGCAAAGUGACCUUCUUUGAACCUGGCUCUGUAGAGGAUGUGGCAUUGGGUUCCAAGGAGGAGGACUUCCGCCUGCCUUACCUGAGCCACCAGCAGCUGCCUGCAGGGAUCCUGCCCAUGGUGCCUGAGGUGGCUCAAGCAGUCGGGGUCUGCCAAGGAUCCCAGGCCAAGGACUACAGUCGAGCUAUGCCCAACCCAGGAAAGGCCACAAUCACUGCCAUGAUUGCCAACGAGCUGCUUUAUGCAGGGACAUCCCUGACUGCUGAGACUAUCCUAAAGAACAAAAAUAUCAUGACCCAGCUGCCCCAUGGACCCCUCACCAGGCCCUCUGAACAACUCGGCUUUCUUGCAUCUGUGCAGGGCCUGCAGGUGGAAUACAAAGAUUUUCCUAAAAACAAUAAGAACGAGUUUGUGUCAUUGAUUAACUGCUCCUCCCAGCCCCCGCUCAUCAGUCACGGGAUUGGGAAAGAUGUAGAAUCCUGUCAUGAUAUGGCUGCUCUGAAUAUAUUGAAGUUGCUCUCUGAGUUGGACCAGCAGUUAAAUGAGAGAACAGGAAACGGACCAGUCUCUGGCUGUGGCAAGCAGGAGAUCGAAAGUGAUCUGCACCUCAAACAGGCUAACUCAAGCACAUUGGCACAGACGCUGGAUGGCACUGUUUAGAUGAUCAGGUUUGGUUGUCUGUAAAAGCACUAGAGAAAACUCAGACACUGUGUUCUUAGUCUGUUUUAGACGUCUACAGGAUGCUUCAGGCACUGUACGCUCUAAACCAUCACUGUUCAUAUCCAUUGUUUCCCAAAUGUUCACAGUUAAACAAGAUCGAUUGGGAAAAAAAAGUUUCUUCUCCUUGAUGUUGUUUAAUUGUACACAUUAUUUAUUCUUUCGUUGCUUUGUAGAAAAAGUAGCUGCAUCCUAGUCAAUGAAUUGGGGGGGUUUACUUGGUGAAAAAAUAAUGAAGCGAUUAACUGUGAACUCUGUUUUGUUUUGCCUAGAACUUGUUUCCUCUCUGUGAGACCUGCUAACUCUUGUUUUUAAGUGUUUUAUGUUUUAUCUCCCACUGAGGUAGUUCAAAAUGUACUUAAAGUUUGAACCUCAUCUUUGUCUAGGGUGCAGCUGGCAAAACUCUGAUUUUCCUAGAGUGCUUUAUAUCAACAACCACAAGUGAAGUGUUAUCGACAUUACCAUGUAGGGCUGGGAAGAAUUUGUUACUAAAUGUAGCGUGUGAUGUAAUGUGAUGUCUCCACUGUGUGUGGCAGGGAAGUUUCCCUUUGGCAUCAGUUUCCCUGAUGCUUCCGUUUCCUCCCUCAUGUCAAACUCCCUUCUCUCUCUGCUCCCCAUGGUAAUUAAAAUUGCGUGCUGUUAUGCACAAAACAAA